AAGAGACACAGUGGUUGGCAUAAUGAAGAACUGAAGACGUGUAUGUGUGUGGUUGAUGCUCUAAGUCAUCUCGUGUACCUACAGUGUACAAGGAUAUUCACCAGUUAAAUCAAGACACUUUGUUUGACCAUAAAGGCUGUUCUGUUAUAUUGAAAAUCCUUGUUGCCAAUAAGUAAAGUGAUUCAAGGACCUGAUCUCAGUAGAAGUCAACUGGACUCCUAUUAUAUAAAUUAUACUGUUCAGUUUUCUGUACUCUACAUCAGAAAUACAAGUACUGUACUGUAACCAUAAUAAGCCAGUGAGUGUUUGCAUCAAUUCAUGUGAAUCUUUGAGAAAAUAACUGCUGUAGUAAUUACUGUACUGAUAUUUAGUUAAAAAAUGGAGCAGGAAGAAGAAAAGAUGAUGGACUCUUCACAAAUUAAAUUAGAAAACCAAGAAGAUAGUAAAGCUGAUGGUGUGUCUCAAGAGCAGAAGAAAGGCCGUAUAGUUGCCAGUGACGCUAACACAAAAGUCUCUGUGGACCAAGGCCUCUAUGAGAGUCUUGUCAGCAUGGGCAUGGACAAACGACUAGCAGCCAAGGCCUUAGUGUGUACAGGCAAUAAAAAUGUAGAUGCUGCUCUAUCAUGGAUAGCUGAGUUGGGGGCAGAUGAAAUGGAGGCCCUGUGUGGGAACAGUGAUCAUGGAUCUAAUGAAAGUGAUGAAUGGGAAGACUGUGAAGAGGAUGAUGAUGAUGAUGAGGACACUUAUUACAAGAUGGUGUUUGUGGUCAACACAGACCUCUCUAUGGGAGCUGGCAAAGUGGCCGCUCAGGUGGGACAUGCUGCACUGGGCCUGUACCGGCUCCUGAGGGAGGAUGAAGAGAAGUACGAGGCCAGUGUUGAGGAAUGGGAGGAGUUUGGAGAGAGGAAGAUAGCAUUAAAAGGUAAAAAUUCUCAAGAACUUAUUGAACUUCAAAAGAAAGCAGAAGCACUGUACCUUCCCACAUACCUGGUACAAGAUGCUGGCAAAACUCAAGUUCCAGCGGGAUCUACAACUGUCUUGGCAAUAUUUGGUGAUGAGGAAGCAGUCAAUGAGGUUACGGGGAAACUGAAGCUCUUGUGAUAGUGUUCAAGUAAAUAUGUUUAUUAAGUCUUAUAAAGAAGUGUUUUAGUUGUGUUUAUAUAUACAGUAAGUACUGUAUUUUACUGUAAUGUUCUUUUAAUUGUCAAUGAUAUUUAGAAACUGAAAAAGUACAUAAUAAUGAUGUCUCUGAGGCAUUACAGUCUGUUGUCAUCAAACUGAUAUGAAAUAGUUGGUAACUUAGAACAACUGAUUUAUGAUAACGGUUUUACUGUAAUAGAUACCAUGCUGAGUAACGAAGCUGUAGUAAACAUCAAGUAUAUUGUGAGAGAUCGAAGGUUGGGGAUAUUUUCUGACUAUAUGGUACAAGCCAUUUACUGUACCACUAUACAACAAUUGCCUCCUUCUAGCACUUCAUUACUACAUGACCCAACUCCUGGUACAUUGUGUUGGUAUAUUUCAAUAUCAUAGGUCAAAUUAUUAAGGCUGAUUAGACUUUCACUUUCAUCUUAGCUCCCAACAAUAUAAAUUGCUAAUUGAGAUGCUCGGCAUGAUUGGCAAACCUGCCAAUAUUAAGUUUUAAGGAAACAGGCCCCUAAGUUUUCUCAGUACAAAUAAUCAGAAAUUUAUCAAAGCUUAAUGGAUGUGGAUGGAAUUUGUUUCAUUAGGACUGUAAAUUGGUUUGAAUUAACACAGUAGUUGCAUUCUUGAAAAUGACUGCGGAACUCAGAAACGCAUAAAUCAAACAGAAUUUUCCUGUGAGGAAUAAAGGAAAUGGUGGGGUAAGGGGGAGUGCUUCCUCUAAACUCAUUCAUACGUCUAAACUGUAUACUGUACUCAUUCCCUUCACUGUGUUUUAUUUUUACUAUGUAUUUGUUACUCACAAUAAUAAAGACAUUAAAAAUAAAAGAAUACAGCCUAUAUAUAUAUAUAUAUAUAU